AUGCUCCCAUCACUGCAGCGAUAUUUACCCCGCCUAGGAAGAAGAUGGAAACCCCUUGACUUUUCCAACCCAAACUUUGUUCGAAAACCGGGAAGUGAAAAGAUCGAAGAGGAAUCCAUUCUAGAUUAUGUUGCUUCUCAAUUUUAUCCUACACGAAUAGGGGAGAUCAUUAAGGGCCGAUACCAAGUUGUCGUCGGCAAACUAGGAUUUGGAACGACCUCAACGGCGUGGCUUGCACGGGACAUAGAGUAA